UGAACGUUUGGUUAUUAUCACGACCGUGUUAUCCAUCGACCGUUCAUUAUUUUUUGUUGACUUGGACAGCGUGGUUUGCGACCGCUCCAGCUUGCUCAUCAAGAAUAACAACCAAUCUGUGCGAACUGGCGUGAUGAACACGAGCAAGAAAACCCGCAAGCGAUAUCUGGAUCCCGAAGCAUGGAAUGACCGUUUGCCAAAAUCGACGCUACACGAAAUAAGAAAGAAGGCUUCCGCGCGUUCAGCACAGCCUUAUAUGGACGUUGAUUCAGGUGAACGUACGACCUCAAAUUCAUCUGAAUCCUCGGACGAUAAUGAAGUUUAUGAACCAGCUGAAGAAAUUGGACAAGAAAGCCGCAGUGGGUCUUCUUUUGAGGGAGAUGAGUUGGCGGGUAAUUGUGACGCCGACGAUGAAUUCGCACCCGCCCAAGAUCUAUCAAAUGCGACUGAACCGCCUGACAGCCGCCCGAGCUCCAGCCUUUUUCGCUUGGAGUUUGCGUGCCCGCUUGGCAACGGAAGCACCUUGUCUGUUGGGGAUGCCCUUGUGCUUGUCAUGGACUUCGCCAUAAAGCAUGGUCUGGCAUGGACAGCUAUAGAAGACCUCUUGAAGUUAUGCAACAAUAUUUUAGGUUCAAAUGUGCUUCCAGACAGCAAAUACCUUUUCAGGAAGUUCUCUGCAACCUCACCAGAAGAAAUGAAGUUUUACUUUUACUGCCCGAUUUGUAAUCGCCUGCUCGCGAAGACGGGGGGUAGCUUAAGUGAGCGCAACAGUGUGUCGGGCAUAUGCUGUGAAAAGAGCUACACUGGCCGGAAGUUGACAGCAGAUGGCUUCUUUUUUGUCGGCUUGCCAUUGAGAAAGCAAAUUGCAUCUGUGCUUGCAGAUGACAUUUUGAGAGAAGAACUAUACAAAUUUUUGAGUGAAAGAAAAGACUCUGAAAACAUUAGCGUGUCAGAUGUAACUGAUGGUGCCUUUUACAAGGAACAGCGAAAGAAGCUUGGCUGCAAGAAACACGAUAUCACAUUAACUGUGAGUGCUGAUGGAAGCCCGGUAUUCAAAUCUUCAAACUAUUCCAUUUGGCCGGUACAUUUGACUAUUAAUGAGUUGCCGCCGAACAGACGAUGGAGCAACAUCAUUUGUGCGCUCUUGUGGUAUGGCAAUAAGCAUCCGGACAUGACAUUACUCCUCCAGGCGUUCACUGAACAAAUGAAGGAACUGUCAACUGAAGGAAUAUGCUGGACUGCGAAUGGUCAACAAGUGGAUUCAAAGGUACGUUGUUUCACCUUUUAAAAAAAUUGCACCUAUUCAGUGAUCUUGUUUUACUCGAUUGCUUAGGUUUCAUGUUUUUCUCGUUUCGGUUCUCUCUGUGGUAGGAAUUAAAAUGGCAGCCUUCUCUCACUUUCUAGGUGUACUGCAUCACUGCUGUUGCCGAUGCACCAGCCCGGGCUUCGAUGCAGAAUGUCCUGCAGUUCAAUGGAUAUUAUGGCUGUUCCUGGUGCUUACAUCCCGGCGAAUUCAUUGAAGGUUGUGUCAAGUACCCCGUGGCUACAACUGUCCAAGACAGAAAUGCAGCUAGCAUGUUGGCUGACAUGAAAAUGGCAGCAACACUGAAACGCACCAUCAAAGGUGUGAAGGGACCUUCACCCCUCAUCAAUGUCCCUGGGUUUGAUAUUGUAUGGAGUUUUCGUCCCGACUACAUGCAUGCUUUGCUGCUGGGUGUUGUACGCCAAAUGACAGAGCUGUGGUUUUCGGACACAGGAAGGGCAUGUUAUAUUGGGGGUCCUCAGACACUAAGGGCAGUAGAUGAGCGUCUCCUAAGCCAGAGACCUCCUUUGUGUUUUAAUAGGACACCGAGGUCUCUUAAGCUUAGGAAAUAUUGGAAGGCGUCUGAGUGGGAGUCGUGGCUCCUCUACUACAGCCUCCCAUGUUUGAAAGGCAUCCUGCCAGCGAAAUUUCUUGACCACUUUGCUCUCCUGGUGUCGUCAGUGUAUGUUUUGUUAAAGAGGCGUGUGACAUCAGAUGAUAUUGACAAUUGCACAUUGAAAAUAACAAAGUUUGUUGUCACAACCCAGUGCAACUAUGGUGAAGCACAGAUGACGUCAAAUGUGCACACUUUGCUGCACUUGCCAAAGAGUGUACUACUGCAUGGACCACUUUGGGCAAUUUCAUGUUUUGAAUUUGAGAGCAACAUGGGCAAUCUGGUGAAACUAGUGUCAUCAUCAAAUGGCAUUCCUUUUCAAAUAUUGUCGCGGAUUCUUCUUGUGAGCAAUUUUAACCAGCUUCUGUCCAUGGCAUCGGAAGAAGUUAAGGAAAUGUGUUUGCACACAAAAAAGAGGGAGCGCAUGGGUGUAAAACUCCUUGGAAGACCCCAGGUGCCAUCACACGACUUGGUGGAAUUUGUUUGCAGAAACACCUCCGAUGUACAAAAAAUUGAAGAGUACAGCCGCAUCUGUGUGGGUGGAUGCACCAUCCAUAGUGAAAAGUACAAUCCUGCUUUGAAAAAAAGAGAUUCAACUGCAGCAAAAUUAGGAGGCGACUAUGUUAAGGUGGAGAACUUGGUGAAUGUUUGCAAGGUAGAUGGAAGCUCCGACGUUUUCAUCAUCUCCCGCAUUUACCAAGUGAAAAGUUUUGAAGGAGUAGACCACCUAAAAGUAGCACGCAAAUGUGAUUCCAGAGUCAUUCAUUCCAUUUCAAAGGCUCUUCACCCAUGUAUAUACCUUGAUUUGAAUGGUACAAUCUUAUUUGCAGAAUUGUGCAACCGGUAUGGAUCAUUUUAGUGAAAAGGUCAUCAUCAUCAGCCCAUAUUUAUGAAAGCAUAUUUAGCGCCAGCAGACAAGGACAGAAGGGAGACAACAAUACAAUGUGCUAACUUCAACUUUAUUUCCAUGAAACCUUCCAUUUAACCCAUGCACAGUGGCGCCACAUCUUCCCGAUUCAGCCAUCCAAAAAGGCCGUCUCUUUAUCUAACAAGUCGACCGAAGGAGCACUAACAAGUUUUGCUAUUCCGACAGAUAGCCUGAGCCUCAAUAAUCUCUUGCACAUCUUUAUGCUCUGCAAGAAUUACUCCUUGCCUCAAAAAAAGUUAAUAAGCAUGCGUAGAAGAGUGCAUCGACGAGUAUGGUGUGGUUGCUUUUCAAACUCAGCCGGAUUAUUCGUUCAGGGCUUUUUAUGUAUGCUUCACUGUUAUCUUCACUCGUCCUAUGAAGCAUGGAAUGACGAAAUAUUAAUUCAAAAGCAGGGUGUCUACAUCGGUUCAUGUUUGGCGCCUAUACUAAGUGACAUUUGUCUGGUCCACCAU